UAGGCAAGUGGUGUUUGUGUCUUUAUGGUCGCUUAGGUUUAAGCUCGGCGUGCACCAACAACCAUAUUCGUGCCGUUUCGGUGUUUCAUUGCAGUGACUGAUAGUGUUAGGAUUAGAAAGAAAAGGUGUUAAAGCAUUUCUCCAAACGCCAUUUUUUUUUAAAAGGAAUAAGAGCAUAAUCCGCCAAUCAGUGUCAAGUGUGUAUAUGUGUAUGUGUUAGUUUGUGUUUGCGUAAUCGAAGUGAGUUUGAGCGGAAGUUCUGCACUCAACGUGAAUCAGUAGUCAGUGUACCAGUGUGUGCGUCGCAAGCAAAGAAGCAAAGCGCGGCUAGCUUGCUUUUGAGGAAGAAAAACCGAUCCCUCGCAGCUCCCACACAGCAGGACGCUCUCCCCGGGGUUGUUUGUGCACGAAAAAGGGGUACACCCGAGUCAGAGACACCCGCGUAUAUCGGGUCUUUUUUGUACUUCUUCAAUUUGCAAGCAUUUCUUCAGCAUCUAGCAUCCAACUCAUAAGAUAUGGCCAAUCUAAUCACAGUGCGUCUGCAGCGUGGCGACGGUCAGGCCUGGGGCUUCCGUCUGCAGGGCGGCAAGGACUUCUCCGCCCCGCUGGUGCUACAGAGAGUUAACGGUGGCAGCGUGGCCGACCAGGCAGGUCUGAUGGCUGGCGAUGCGCUGAUCAAGGUCAACGGUACGGAGGUGUUCAACAUGCGUCACAAGGAUGCGCAGGACGUCAUCGUGGCCGCUGGAAACUCGUUCGAGCUGACGGUGUCGAGAGGUGGUGCUACCUGGCGUCCGUCUGUUACGCCGACCGGUUCGCUACCGUCGCCGUCUCCAUCGCUGCCCGGCAACGUCACACCGGUUACGCGCACCUCGCUGGCAGCGACGCCCCAGGAGAUGAAACCGAUCGGCAGUGGCCACAACACCGCCGCCAAACCGUUCGCUGCUGUAAACGGAAACGAUGGACAGAUCAAGAGCAUCGUCAACAACCAAUACAACACCCCGGUCGGCAUGUACAGCGAUGAGACCAUCGCCGAAACACUGUCCUCUCAGGCGGAAGUGCUCGCUGGAGGUGUCCUUGGCGUCAACUUCAAGAAGAACGAGCGCGUGUACUCGCCGGCCAACUCCGAGGUGUACAAGCUGCUGCACGAGCAGGGAGAUGACCCCGAGCCAGAUAGCGUUUACUCUAACAAUUUCCAUUACUCGGUCAACAAACUAGAGUCCACGUCGUCGCAUUUCUACGCCACGCAGAGCCACGCCAUCGGUGGCUACGCUACGGCCGGCCGUCUGCCGGUCGGUUCGCUCACCGGUGGCCGUCCGCGUGGCCCAUCGCCACUGCCGCCGCAGAUGCAGGGUCAGGUUCCGCGUCCACCGAUGCCGAAACCGCCGAUGAUGCAGCAGCCCCAGCCCCAGCGCCCAGCGCCGCAGCAGGGUGUGCCGGCCCAGCAGGGCGCACCGAAGGUUGCAUUCCCGCCGCAACCGCAACCUCAGCAGCAGCAGCAGCCGCAGCCCCAACAGCAGGCACCGCCAGCUCCAGCACCGGCUUCAGCCUUCCGCCCGGCACCGAAUACCGUUCCGAGGGCCGGUAUUCCACCGAAGGUUCACAACGAGGGACACAAGACCGGCGUCCAGGCCAUCUCUGCUGCUCUCAACGCUCAUGCCAACUUGAAUGGCCGCGCGCAGUCGCCGUACGGCAGUAAUGGCACACACACCAGCCUCGGGCCGCUGAGCCAUUCGCCGUCCCACUCACGAUCGAGCAGCACGACUUCGUCGAGCGGCUACUGCAACUCGAGCUCGCUAUCGCCGGUGCAAUCGAACAAGGUGUCCCCGCUGCAUUCGCGCACCAGCAGCGAGAACGAGCUGAUCGAUCGUAGCCACAGCAGCAACAGCAACGGUAGCAACGCCAGCGAGCUAUCCGGUAACGCGUAUCCCGUCUGCCCAGCGUCUCCGCCCCUGCCGCCCCCGCCGCCACUACUAACGAUGGAGGAGUGCACACUCCAGGAGCCCGGACCGGAAGUGCCGCCAGCCCCGCCACAGACCGACGCGAGCGCACCGCUCGUGUUCGGGGCAAAUGGGUUGGCCGCCCCGGCCGCGACCGCCGAUAGUGAGCAGACCGAUGGUACGGUUACGCAAAACGACUACGGCUUUUACUACCAGACGAUGGGAGGACGCGUCAUUCGCAGUGUACUUCCGCCGGGCAAGAACUCCACCUACAAGGUGAACCAGAACAACAUUACGCCGAAGCCGUUCGGCGCCCCGCUCCCGGUGAGCCCGCUGGCCCAGGUCCAGCCGCCGGCCUCGUACCCGCCGGUGGCCGGCAGCGUCCCGACGCCCUUCUCGGCCGCCCUUGUCGGCGCCCCGCCGGCCCAGCCCGCUCCGAUGGCGGCGCCGGCCCCGGCCCCGAUGGCGGCCGCCCCAGCACCGGCCCCGAUGGCUGCCCCAGCCAUGGCACCGGCUUCCGUGCCCACUCCACAAGAUGGUGGCACGGAGCAAGAGCCGGCAGAACACGAGUCCGAAGAAAAGGCGGAAGGGGAAGCGGACGACGGGGCACGGGAGCGAAGCGAAUCGCCCGCGCCCGUCUUUGCCUGGCCGCCGAAGCCGGAGGUGGUGGACACGAUACCGACGGCGACGCCGAUCUACAUACCGCCGCCCGAGACGCAGCGCGUCGUGAUCAAACCGAUCACGGUCGUGCCGCCGAUGAAGGUGAAGGAAAAAUCGAAAACGCCACCGGACGACGCAGCCGGCCAGCAGCAGCAGCAGCAGCAACAGAGCAAGUCGGCGCCGGAACUGUGCCACCGGCAGGAGGAAACCGAGCAGCAGCACCAAGAGGAUGAAGAGCUGUCUGAUUCGUUCGGCAUGACGACGACGACCACCGCGACGACGACGACGGCCAACUCGGCCUCGUCCGAGGAGUACCGGAUGUACCAGACGCAGUGCUCGCAGCCGAUCGUGACGUACUACGACACGCCCCAGUACGAGCUGGAGCGGCCGUUCUCGUCCGGCCAGCGCAGCGCACAGGCAAGUACGGGCGCCAUGUCCGACGCGUCCUACACGCACUUCGUCUUCCGCGAUCCGCCACCCGAGGAGGAGGAGGAGGUGGAGGAGGAAGAGCAAGUGGUGCAGCAACCACCGGAGCAGCAGCAGCAGCAGGCGGCGGCAACGGCGGCCGCCGAUCCCGACCGGCCCCCGAAGCGCGUCGAGUUCGUCGACUAUGGCCGCGAGCUGGAGCGGUACGUGCGGGCCGAGCAGGAGAAGGAGGCCCGCCGGCGGGCGCUCGAGGAGGAGAUGGCCGAGGCGGCCCGGCGCCGGACCGAGGAGCCGCCCCACUACACGCUGCCCGCGGUGCCGCCGACCGAGCCACCGCAGCUGCCCCCGUCCGCCAUACCGAACCCGACGCCCAAGCAGUGGCAGUCGGCGCUGGUACAGGCGCUCUGCGUUGCGCCGCCCGAUCCGAUCCACCUGACCGCGGACCAGAUCGAGCAGGCGAACUUUAUGCGCUCGCGCAACGAGGCGUACCGGCGCGAGCAGGAGGAAACGAAGAUGCGCCAGCUGGAGGCGCUGCGGCGGCAGGUCGACGCGCUCGAGCGGCGGCUCGGCCAGCAGCCGGAGCCGGAGCCGGCGCCGCUGCCGGUCGGCCCGCCGCUCGAUGUGCCGCGGCGCGGCGAGGUGAUGGCGAGGCUGCUCGCGACCUCGACCGCCCGCUCGCAGCGCUUCCCGCCGCACUACGUGCCGGUGGUGCCGCUGCCGGCCGAAACGCAACCCUACUUUCCGCCUCCCCACUCGAUGGAACCGAUCCGGAGCGAGAAGAUCUCGGCGAUGCGCAACGAGUCCCCGUUCGUGGAGGCGCUCAAGACCGCUCCGUACACUCCGUUUCAGCAGUUCGGGCGCGAGAUACCGUCGCAGAUGGAGGACCUGCCGGUGCCGAGCGGACGGCUCUCGAUGAUGGACGCGCUGGCGACGGCCUCGGACCGCCCGUACACCCCGUUCAGCGAGGUGCGGUUCGACCGGAGCUCGGACGUGUACCAGGACAUGGUGCGGGAGCAGCCGUCGGUGCCGGUCGAUCCGGACCGCCAGUGUUCGGCGUUCGCGAACGUGGGCGGCAACCGUACGCCGAAACCGUUCGUCCCGGUGGUGCCCGAGAUACGGGAGGUGCCGCCGGAAGAGCCGGAACGGGGGGAGAGCUCACGCCGCAGCUCGGUGGUGGCGGUGGAGAGUGUUCGUCGCAGCUCCAAGGUGGCCACGGCGGAGGAGGUCCGCCGGGCCUCGACGGUGGCCACUGCGGCAGCGGCGGUGGUGGAGAGUCGCCGCAGCUCGACCGCGACGCUCGAGAGCCGCCAGGACAGCCGGCGCGGCUCGGGCGGCAGCGGCUCUGCCGACACUGCGCAAGCGACGAACCCUCCGGCACCGAAGCCAACCGUCACCACCGUCACCGCGAAGGAACCGCUCUACCCCGGUCACGAUGCACACCCCCCGGAGCACUACUCGCUGGCACUGCGGCGCGAAACCAAAUCACCCCUCAACCAUCCGGCCGAGAUCCCACCCUACCAGCGCAAGUGGUUCAACCUGCCGACGCAGAACCCACCGCGCACGCCCGAGCCCGAGGAGCUGCGCACGAACGUUCCGCUGGCCUUUGUAAAUACACACUCGCACACUGCCGCCCUGUCGAAGCCGGUGGCGAAACCGCCCGGCCGGCCUGUAAAUAAGCCGCCCGCCACGCCGUACACCACCAUCCAGAACCGCAACAUCCCGGUCGUUACUGGGGCAGCUCCGGAGCUGGACGCCGAGCUGGCCCAGUACCACAGUGCUCACGCGCGUCUCGCCCACAAAGGUGUCAUCGACCGCGGGCAGUCGUUCACGCCGUCGCUCAUCCUGACGAAGCACGCGACCAGCAUCCCGUACUACCAGCACCAGCUCGGGUUCGAGGAGUACUUCGCGGAGGUGAAGCAGUUCGAUGGCCACACGACGCCCCAGCCGAGCCGCACCAAGUCGCCGGCGUUUGGGCCGCCGCCGAACCCGCUGAAGCCGCACGUACCACCGUCCCGGGAAGGCAUACCGGUGGAGUCGGGCCUGUACCUGUCGAUGGGUAAGCUGCACGGUGUGCCGUGGUACGCGAACAAGGACCACGUGCCGGCGGACAUUCAGAAGAAGAUGCAGGAGCAGCUGCAUCUCGAGGCGACGCAGCGCUUCGGGCGCAGCAGUGUCGUGCAGCAGCAGCAGCACCAGCAGCAACAUCAGGAGGUCACGCACGAACAGGUAACGAUGAGUAGCAGCGUGACUACGGAGCAACAGCAGCAGCAGCAGCAGCAACGCAUGACCAGGGAGGAAGCGUCCGCGGAACGGGCGAUUCAGAGCGCCCAGCAGGUAGGCAAUGCGUUGAUCCAAAAGCGCACGCGCUUCGUAGAGGAGCAUGAGUCUAGUAGCCGCAACCAGUCGGUGUCGCGCAACGCACCCAGCGAAAGCUCACGAUAUUCUUCCAAAAUCAAGGAGGACGAGGCGCCCCAGAAGGGCUUUGUGGCGCAGCAGACGCGCCGCUUCUCGGGCCAGGACGAGGCCCUCAAUCUGCCGCCCCAGCCGACCGAGCAGGAGCAGAAGGAGCAGCAGCAGAAGGAGCAGCAGGCCGAGCAAGCCGCCCUCAUCCAGCAGCUGCAGGAAGAGCAGCAGAAGCGACAGAUUGCACCGCCGAAGAAGGCCGCCCCGCCGGCCCCGAUCCGUCACGUGGAGCCGCCCACACCGAAACCGGCCCCGCCACCGACCACCUUCCCGUCGACGGACCUGUUCUCGGAGGAGUUUGUCGAUCACUUCCCGCACAUUAGCGCGCGCAAGGCAAGCGUACUGCUGCCGCCGAAGCCGGCCACCCGGCCGGACUGCGUUAGCCCGAGCUCGUUCAAGGCGCAGUUCAACGAGUUCAUCAUCGGUGCCGGCCCGAUGCCCCCGCUGCCGCCGAUGCGCGAGGAGGACGACGGCGCCGAGCCGGACACGCGCAGCGACACGCAAAAGCUAAUCCAAUCGUGGCCACCGCAACUGCCACCGCAGCCGGCGGCUGCUCCGGCGGCCGUGGCGGCGCCCCCCGCGAACGGUGCGGCGCCCGCCGGCUCGCAGCCCGCCAGCAAGCCGUCCAGCCGCAGUAACAGCACGGCUUUCCUUGACUUUCUUAACCGACCCACGCUCAACCCGAAUACUGACCGUUCCACUGAUCGCGCAGGUACGAACUCGUUCAACAAGGGACGGGCCGCGUGCUCGACGUCGGCCCCCAACCGCGGACGGGGCGUGAUGAACAAGGCGGUCGGACCGGGCGGCCGUGUGCCGCUGUGCGGAUGCUGCCAGCAGCAGAUCAGAGGACCGUUCAUUACGGCGCUGGGACGCAUCUGGUGCCCGGAUCACUUCAUCUGCCACAACGCCAACUGCAAGCGUCCGCUCGCUGACAUUGGGUUCGUCGAGGAGAAGGGCGAUCUGUACUGCGAGUACUGCUUCGAGGAGUUCUUGGCCCCACUGUGCUCGAAGUGCAAUGGCAGAGUUAAGGGCGAUUGCCUGAAUGCCAUCGGCAAGCAGUUCCAUCCGGAGUGCUUCAAGUGCACGUACUGUGGCAAGCAGUUCGGCAACAGCCCGUUCUUCCUGGAGGAGGGCGAUCCCUACUGCGAGAAGGACUGGAACGAUCUGUUCACGACCAAGUGCUUCGCGUGCGGGUUCCCCGUCGAGGCCGGCGACAAGUGGGUGGAGGCGCUGAACAACAACUACCACAGCCAGUGCUUCAACUGCACCAGCUGCAAAAAGAACCUGGAAGGACAGAGCUUCUUCGCCAAGGGUGGCCGUCCGUUCUGCAAAAACCACGCCCGCUAAGCACGCCGAGCCGGUUGCCGGUUUUUCUGUUGCGGCGGCGUGACGCCCAUCAUCACCAUCGGGCAGAGCGUAAACGCGUUUAGGUAUAUCAUUUUCACUCUCGUCGUCCUUCUUUUUUUUGAGUUCCCUUUCUAAGAGCAUCAUUAAAAAAAACGCACACAAAACACACGAACGAAACCAAAAAAAAAAACAAACAACCCCCUUUUGUUGUUAGACCUCGAAAAACGAAAACGCAAACAAUGAAAAGCAGCGGAAAUGGAACGUGUGUGUGUGUGUGAGCGCGCGAACAGCGUAGAUUGCGUGCAAGAAACUUUGCGCAAUGAAACGAUUGCACUGAUGGUGAAACUUUGCACCCGCGUGAAACAUUUCGAAGCUAAGCUUUCUUUCCAUUCGGCGUGAAAAGAAAUGUCGUCUAGCUUAUGGUGUGCAGCGUUUAGGUACGGUAGAAUGUGGGAUGAGAGUGUGUGUGUGUGCAAGAGAGAACAAAAGAGUUAAACUUGUAGAGAAAUUAAAUGAAGAAUGAAACAGGGCAGCACAAACAUGUUAGUAGACAAUGAGAUUUAAUGACACGGAAGUUAAGAUCGACGCUCGCGCCCACGAAGAAGAGUGCAGAGAGCGCUACUAAGAAACAUUGCAAAUUAAUUGUAGAACCGUAGAGAGCUUUCUAUUCUAUACUGUUACAAACAUUGAUGUUGCUAGGCAUAACUAUGUUCACUAUUCAACAGUAGUACAACCUGAGAGGAUCGUGUUUCGGAUGGUUCGAAACGCUUCACAACGGCGUUUUGAUUGCUUUGCUGGACCAUUAGUCUGGUUAAAAUCUCCAUUCGGUUCGAGCAGUAGAGGCCACGUUACGCUACUCAGCGGCAGAAAGGACAUCCAGCCGACGGCGCCCUAAUAUCUCUCUCUCUCUCUCUUAGGUUUUAUUUUUCACUCGUGGAAUAUUCUAUAGAAGAAGAAUCGCAAGCAUCGCUACUUUAUUUUUCUCUUUGUGUGUGAUACAAAUAUAAUUUUAUUUAUUUAUGGCCUAUGUUGCUGACGAAUAAAACCGUGUAAAUUGCUUGGCAAAAGCAGGUACAGAG